AUGUACGAUUAUCGUGAAUAUCAAGUCGGAAACGAAGGUCUUGAAAUGUGUGCUUCCAAUGAUUCAAGAAUUCGGGCAAUUUGGAGAACUCGAAAUUCCUGGGAAAAGUUUAAAGACCGGUAUAAAUGCCACGGACCUGUUACAAAAAUAUAUGCAUGGUACUACACUGUGAAUAAACAGUUCAGUGUCUAUCUCGCACCUAGGAGUCAAUAUUUCACAAGAAAUGACUAUGGCGUGAAAGACGGUAAACCUUAUAUAUGCGAAGAAAAGUUGAGACCCACGUCAACAGAGUAUACCCAGGAAGAUCUAUUAAUGUGCAACGAUUCAAUCAUCAAUAUAAAAUACGAUGACGAAUACAAAGUUCAGACUGACUUUUCAAUACUCUAUAAGUACAAGGUGUACGAUUAUACUGAGUACCGAGUUCUGAAUGAUAUCAUAAAGAUUUGCAACUCCACCGAUAAAUACGUAAGGAAUAUUUGGAAAGUACGUAAUAAAUGGGGAAAGGGACAAAUGCAUUAUUAUAAAAGUUGCAGUAAAUCCAUUGGAACCGAUUGGUUUUACCUAAAGUACUACACUGUCAAUGAGCAGUUCACUGUCUAUGACGCAUCUGCGAGUCAAUAUUUCACAAGAAAUAGCUAUGGGGUCGAAGACGGUAGACCUUAUAUAUGCGAUGAAAAAUUCAGACCCGAAUCAACAGAGUAUACCCAGGAAGAUCUAUUAAUGUGCAACGAUUCAAUCAUCAAUAUAAAAUACGAUAAUGAAUACAAAGUUCGGACUGACUUUUCAAUACUCUACAAGAAGAAGAUAUACGAUUAUACUGAGUAUCGAGUUCUCAAUGAUAGCAUAAAGAUUUGUAACUCCACUGAAAACUACGUACUGAAUAUUUGGAAAGUACGCAAUAAGUGGGUAAAGAUGACAAUGCAUGAAAAAAGUUGCAACAAACCCAUUAGAACCUUUUGGUUGUACCGAAAGUACUACACUGUGAAUAAGCAGUUGACUGUCUAUGACGCACCUGGGAGUCAAUAUUUCACAAGAAAUAGCUAUGGGCUGGACGACGGUAGACCUUACAUAUGCGAUGAAAAUUUCAGACCCGAAUCAACAGAGUAUACCCAGAAAGAUCUAUUAAUGUGCAACAAUUCAAUCAUCAAUAUAAAAUACGAUGAUGAAUACAAAGUUCGGAAUGGCUUUUCAAUACUCUAUAUGAACAACGUGUAUGAUUAUACUGAGCAUCGAGUUCUGAAUGAUAGCAUAAAGAUUUGUAACUCCACUGAAAACUACGUAAAGAAUAUUUGGAAAGUACGCAAUAAGUGGGUAAAGUUGACAAUGCAUGACAAAAAUUGCAAUAAACCCAUCAGAACCUUUUGGUUGCACCGAAAGUAUUACACUGUGAAUAAGCAGUUCACUGUCUAUCUCGCACCUAGGAGUCAAUAUUUCACAAGAAACGACUAUGGGGUGCAAGACGAUAAUCCUUAUAUAUGCAGAGAAAAGUUCAAACCCACAUCGACCGAGUAUACCCAGGACGAUCUAUUAAUGUGCAACGAUUCUAUCAUCAAUAUAAAAUAUGAUGAUGAAUACAAAGUCCGAACUGACUUUUCAAUAUUCUAUAAGAACAAGGUGUACAAUUAUACUGAGUAUCGAGUUCUGAAUGAUAGCAUAAAGAUUUGUAAUUCCACUGAAAACUACGUAAAAGACAUUUGGAAAGUACGCAAUAAGUGGGUGAAGGAAAAAAUUCAUGAGAAAAGUUGCAAUAAACCCAUUAGAACCUUUUGGUUGUACCGAAAGUAUUACACUGUGAAUAAGCAGUUCACUGUCUAUGACGCACCUAGGAGUCAGUAUUUCACAAGAAAUGACUAUGGGGUGGAAGACGGUAAACCUUAUACAUGCAAAGAAAAGGUCAGACCCACACCAACAAAGUAUACCCAGGAAGGUAUACUAAUGUGCAACGAUUCAAUGAUCAAUAUGAAAAACGAUGAAUACAAAGUAUGGGAUAACUUUUCAAUACUCUAUAAGAACAAGGUGUACGAUUAUACUGAGUAUCGAGUUCUGAAUGAUGGCAUAAAGAUUUGCAACUCCACUGAUAACUACCUACGGAAUAUUUGGAAAGUACGCAAUAAAUGGGUGAAGGAGAAAAUGCAUGAAAAAAGUUGCAACAAAUCCAAAUUUUUUUUGAUCUAUCGAGAGAAUUACGCUGUGAAUGAGCAGUUCACUGUUUAUUUGGGAGAUCGUGGUCAAUAUGUCACAAUAAAUGAUUACGGGGUUAAAUACGGUAAACCUAAAAUAUGCAAAGAAAAGUUAAGACCCGCAUCAACAGAGUAUACCCAGGAAGGUCUAUUAAUGUGCAACGAUUCAAUCAUCAGUAUAAAAUACGAUGAUGAAUACAAAAUUCGGACUGACUUUUCAAUACUCUAUAAAAACAAAGUGUACGAUUAUACUGAGUAUCGAGUUCUCAAUGAUAGCAUAAAGAUUUGUAACUCCACAAAUAACUACGUCGGGAAUAUUUGGAAAGUACGCAAUAAAUGGGUGAAGGAGAAAAUGCAUGAAAAAAGUUGCAACAAAUCCAAAUUCUUUUUGAUCUAUCGAGAGAAUUACGCUGUGAAUGAACAGUUCACUGUUUAUUUGGGAGAUCGUGGUCAAUAUGUCACAAUAAAUGAUUACGGGGUUAAAGACGGUAAACCUAAAAUAUGCAAAGAAAAGUUAAGACCCGCAUCAACAGAGUAUACCCAGGAAGGUCUAUUAAUGUGCAACGAUUCAAUCAUCAGUAUAAAAUACGAUGAUGAAUACAAAAUUCGGACUGACUUUUCAAUACUCUAUAAAAACAAAGUGUACGAUUAUACUGAGUAUCGAGUUCUCAAUGAUAGCAUAAAGAUUUGUAACUCCACAAAUAACUACGUCGGGAAUAUUUGGAAAGUACGCAAUAAAUGGGUAAAAGCGAGAAUGCAUGAAAAAAGUUGCAAUAAACCCAUUAGAACCUUUCGGUUGCACCGAAAGUAUUACACUGUGAAUAAGCAGUUCACUGUCUAUGACGCACCUUCCGAGCUUCGCACGCAGAAUGAUGAGCUGAGAAGCAGAGCCGACAA